GCAGAGAGGAAAUGAACUUGAGAGAAGGGGGAACACAGGCCAAGAAGAGCGAGGAGCGAGGGCGGGAGCCCGGGCGGCGAUGGUCAGGAUGGAAGAGGUGGCGGUAAAGCAGGGCUUCCUGCACCUCCAGCAGCAGCAGACUUUUGGCAAGAAGUGGCGCCGGUUUGGAGCUGUGCUGUACGGAGAGUCAGGCUGCGCUCUGGCACGGCUAGAGCUCCAGGAGGGCCCAGAGAAGCCUCGUCGGGGAGAGGCCAGCCGGAGGGUCAUCCGCCUCAGUGACUGCCUGCGGGUGGCUGAGGCAGGCGGGGAGGCCAGCAGCCCUCGGGACACCAGUGCCUUCAUUCUGGAGACCAAGGAGCGUCUGUACCUGCUGGCAGCCCCUACCGCUGAGCGUGGUGACUGGAUGCAGGCCAUCUGUCUCUUGGCCUUCCCCGGGCGGAGGAAGGAGCCCUCAGGGCUGGAGGGGAAGAGUGGCAGGCCCUGCAUGGAGGAGAAUGAACUGUAUGGCAGCUCGACCUCAGGGGUCUCCCUCAAGGAAUUUGCUGUUACCGUGAGACCCACCGAAGCCAGUGAGCGGUGCCGGCUCCGAGGACCUUACACGCUCCGGUUGGGGGUGAGUGCCCUGGAGCUGUGGAGUGGCCCUGAUCCAGGCACCCAGCUGUACGACUGGCCCUACAGGUUCCUGCGACGCUUUGGGCGGGACAAGACGACCUUUUCCUUUGAGGCGGGCCGGCGCUGUGUCUCUGGAGAGGGCAACUUUGAGUUUGAAACACGGCAAGGCAACGAGAUCUUCUUGGCCCUGGAAGAGGCCAUUGCUGCCCAGAAGGAUGCUGCCCCUCCUGGGCCCCCACCCCCACCAGCCACAGUGUCCACAGUGCCCACUGUGCUGCCCCGGCCGGAGAGCCCCUACUCCCGGCCCCACGACUCACUGCCACCACCUUCACCCAGCACGCUGGUGCCGGCCGCGCGCUCUGAGGGGGAAUAUGCUCUGCCCUUUGAUGCAGUAGCCCGCAACCUGGGGAAGAGCUUCAGGGCCAUGCUGGCAGGCCCUCCCCUGCUCCUGGCUGACCCUUUGUACGAGGAGCCCUCAGCCCCUCCACCUGACCACAUAUAUGAUGAGCCUGAGGGCAUGGCCUCCCUGUCUCUGUAUGAUAGUCCGCAGGAGCCCCAGGGUGAGGGGUGGAGAAGGAAGGCCACCGUGGAAAGGGGCCCCAGCAUCCUGCAGCAGGACUUGUCUGUCUCUGGCUGGCCACAGGAAACUGAGUAUGACAAUGUUGUGCUGAAGAAAAGCCCAAAGUGAUGUGGAUGCCAAGAUGGGGCCACCUCGAAGUACAUGGAGGGUUGUGGUUGGAGACUGUGGAGGAGGAAGCCUGUCUCCCCUUCCAGCUUGGCCACUGCGUGGAGCAUCUCUGUGGGCUCCGUCUGCAGACCCAGGCCUGGCCUGCCCUGUUUGGCUUGAGGGAUUCUCCCUCCUAGGGCGCACUGAGUCACCAGCCCUGAGCAGGCAGAGUGCCCUGGAGAGACCCACCCUCCUCCCACUCCUUUCCACUUCCUCUUUUCUUUCUUUGACCCUAAAGGGAACCUGGGGGCAUUUAGGGCAGAGGAGAAAAGGAUAUCCACAGUCUCCUGGACUCCCCUCACCCCAUGGUUCCUUGGUUUGUGCUGGCCUCCUGCUUGCUGAGGUCCCUCCCUGGGACAGCCUUAGCUCCAGGCAUCCAGGAGGAUGGCUGCAGCUUUCUGCAGGUUUCAGAUUUCUCCGUGGCAUUAAAAUGUUUUUGAACUA